AUGUCAAAUAAUACCACUGCUAGCAACACUGUAGACAACCAUAAUAAUAGUAAACCCAAGAUAAAAAAGACAUUAACAGAGAGUCGAAGAGCCGAGCAGAACCGUGCAGCACAAAGAGCCUUUCGACAGAGAAAAGAACGGUAUGUGAAGGAAUUAGAAGCCAAAGUGACUAGCAUGGCAGAUUGGCCAGCACGAAUGGAACGAUUAGAGAAAGAGAAUGAACAAUUAAAGCGAUACAUUAUUGAACUGGAACAACAAGUAGAAAAGCAGAAUAUGAAUAAACUAUUUACAAGACCAACACCAACAACACCAACAACGACAACAGAAAAGACAAAAGCAUUAGAUACAUUAGAUGACUUGAUGUCCAUUCUGAAAACUCAUCACCGACCACCUAUUCCCUCUCACCCACCUCCUCCUUCAUAA